CGAAUAAAACUAGUUGUACAAAAGAAAACAGAGCCUGUGCCUAACACUGCAGAUUCUAGAACUUCGCAGCCUGUGAAGAAAAGCACUUCACUUUCUACGAACAUGAUUCUAUUCCUGAUUAGUUUUCUGCUGUUUCCCAUCUUUACAACAAGUGUCGAAAGGAAAAUCAUAAUAACCAUACAUAUGCAAAAAUGUGUUCAGCCAAGGUGCGGAAGAGAGUGUCUGGAAGCGGGAUUCUUAGGAUCAAGAUGUGAAGGAUCGACGAAGUGCCAAUGCUAUAAACCAGACCCAAUAAGAUACCCAAUCUGAACAUGUAUGCUUGCAAAGCACAUUUACGAAUGUCUCCUGUUUUGUGCAUGAAUUUUUCAGUCUUUGCACAAUAAAGCAGUUUCAGCAUGGAAGUUGUUAC